AUGGCCUCAUAUCUCGUUUCAAAUGUUUUGGAAGAGCUGAAAUGCUCCAUCUGCCUAAAUUUCAUCACAUCUGCUGUAUCUAUAGAGUGUGGUCACAGUUUCUGCACAAAAUGUAUCCAUGAACUUAUGACAAAGACCAAAAAGUCCAGAUUUCAAUGCCCUAAGUGUAAUAAGAAGUGUACGAAGAAUCUCCGGCCUAAUCGAAAUCUGGGGACAGUGGCACAAUACUUUGGAUUGCUCAAACAUCACAUGAUGAGGAACUGGAAGUUCAGAGAUGUGAUCAAGAGAAAAUUCCACGAGGACAUCAGUCUGGAUCCUGAAACAGCCUAUGCUGGAAUCAGCUUGUCCACAGAUAGGAAAACAAUGAGAGGAAGAAAUUCUCGGAGCAAUCCCCAUCAUACUGGGGAGACACCUGAAGUGUGUGGUACUGUUCUAGCAACUCAGAGCUUCAUGUCUGGGAGACAUUAUUGGGAGGUGACAGUGGGAAAGAGUUGUGCUUGGGAUGUUGGUCUUUGUAAUAACUCUGCAAGUAGAGGUGGAGAGGUUUCACCAUCUUCUGCUAUUGGACAUUGGCUUUUGAGUCUAAGACAAAAUAAGUACUUUGUCUGCACCAUGCCUAGAACGUGGAUUGCCUUAACAGGGAAGCUUCUCAAAGUGGGGAUCUUUUUGGAUUAUGAGGCAGGAGACAUAGUGUUUUAUGAUGUGGAGAAUAGCUGCCAGAUCUAUACAUUCACCAGCUCCUUUUCAGAGCCUCUUUGGCCUAUAUUUUCCAUUGGACUUUUCUCCAAGAAUAAAAAUAUUCUGACUAUUGAGCCAGUAUCAAAUGAGGGUGAAGAUAUCCCAGAGCAAGAAGAACCAUUAUCAUGA